UAUGGCGGCAGAGAGCGGCAGCGACUCGCUGCUGAAGAGAAGAAGGCGCCGGGAUGCGGGCGAGGACGAGGAAGCCGAGAGGACGGAACUCAGAGAGAGAGAGCGAGCCACAGCCUUGGCGGCGGUGCAGGAGGAGGAGGAGGAUGAAGAGCGCUGGGUUGGGCCUUUACCUGUGGAGGCGACCCUAGCGAAGAAGAGGAAAGUUCUGGAGUUUGAAAGAGUUUAUCUUGAUAAUCUCCCCAGUGCAUCCAUGUAUGAACGUAGUUACAUGCAUAGAGAUGUGAUAACCCAUGUGGUAUGUACCAAGACAGAUUUUAUUAUUACUGCCAGUCAUGAUGGACAUGUGAAGUUUUGGAAAAAAAUAGAAGAGGGAAUUGAAUUUGUUAAACAUUUUCGUAGUCACCUCGGAAUUAUUGAGAGUAUUGCAGUUAGCUCUGAGGGAGCCUUGUUCUGUUCUGUGGGUGAUGAUAAAGCAAUGAAGGUGUUUGAUGUAGUGAACUUUGACAUGAUCAACAUGCUGAAGCUUGGCUAUUUUCCUGGACAGUGUGAGUGGAUCUAUUGCCCAGGCGAUGCCAUUUCUUCAGUUGCUGCUUCUGAGAAGAGUACAGGAAAGAUUUUCAUUUAUGAUGGCCGAGGAGAUAACCAACCACUGCAUAUUUUUGACAAGCUCCAUGUAUCACCUCUCACUCAAAUACGACUAAACCCAGUUUACAAGGCAGUGGUAUCCUCAGACAAAUCUGGAAUGAUUGAGUAUUGGACUGGACCGCCUCAUGAAUAUAAAUUCCCCAAAAAUGUGAACUGGGAGUAUAAAACUGACACAGACUUAUAUGAAUUUGCCAAAUGUAAGGCUUAUCCAACCAGCAUAUGUUUUUCACCUGAUGGGAAGAAAAUAGCUACAAUCGGAUCUGACAGAAAAGUUAGAAUUUUCAGGUUUUUAACUGGAAAACUAAUGAGAGUAUUUGAUGAAUCAUUAAGUAUGUUUACUGAGCUGCAACAGAUGAGGCAGCAGCUACCAGACAUGGAAUUUGGCCGACGAAUGGCUGUCGAACGUGAGUUGGAGAAGGUGGAUGCUGUAAGAUUAAUUAAUAUAGUUUUUGAUGAAACUGGACACUUUGUGCUAUAUGGAACAAUGCUGGGCAUUAAAGUUAUAAAUGUAGAAACAAACCGGUGUGUGCGAAUCUUAGGCAAGCAAGAAAAUAUUAGAGUGAUGCAACUGGCUUUGUUUCAGGGAGUAGCCAAAAAGCACCGUGCUGCAACUACUAUAGAAAUGAAAGCUUCUGAAAACCCUGUUCUUCAAAACAUUCAAGCUGACCCCACAAUAAUCUGUACAUCAUUCAAAAAGAAUAGAUUCUACCUGUUCACCAAGCGAGAACCAGAAGAUACAAAGAGUGCAGACUCUGACCGAGAUGUUUUCAAUGAGAAACCUUCUAAAGAAGAAGUCAUGGCCGCCACCCAAGCGGAAGGACCUAAACGCGUUUCAGAUAGCGCCGUCAUUCACACGAGCAUGGGGGAUAUUCACAUCAAACUCUUUCCUGUUGAGUGCCCAAAGACGGUGGAAAACUUCUGUGUUCACAGCAGAAAUGGUUAUUAUAAUGGGCAUACAUUUCACCGUAUAAUUAAGGGCUUCAUGAUUCAGACAGGCGAUCCAACAGGUACUGGUAUGGGAGGAGAAAGCAUUUGGGGAGGAGAGUUUGAAGAUGAAUUUCAUUCAACAUUACGACAUGACAGACCAUACACACUCAGCAUGGCCAAUGCUGGGUCAAAUACUAAUGGAUCCCAGUUUUUCGUAACAGUAGUACCAACGCCUUGGCUUGAUAAUAAGCACACUGUGUUUGGAAGAGUGACUAAAGGAAUGGAGGUAGUACAGAGGAUCUCCAACGUCAAAGUCAAUCCCAAAACAGAUAAGCCUUAUGAGGAUGUCAGCAUCAUAAAUAUCACCGUCAAGUAAAGGAUGCUUUCCAUUGUAUUCAUAAGUGAAGUAUACUUACAUUAAACAUAGGCUGUAUUAAGACUUCCUGAAUAUGAAAUCAUGUUUUAAAAGUAUAAACCUGUAUUUUUAUAUUUCUAAUUAAAGGCCAUCUUUUUAAACUGC